AAUACGCUGCAGUGAAUUAUCUUUUCUCUUUUGUUCAAUCUUCCGGUUUGAGCAUCAGCUGGCUGCAGGAUAUAUAUAUUCUUUUCUUGGCUCCAACGUAGCGGGUCCCUAAACUUUAAGUCUGAUACCUAGUCUGAUAUUAAAUGACAGUACCAAUUCAACUUCCACUUCACACUUCCAUUCCAUGUCGGAAUUGGGGCUGAUCUAAUCGUUUCGCUGCAAGUGUAAUUUGCGUUUUAUUUUAAUUUGCCGUCUGCUGAGAAGAGUGGUAUCUUGGAGAGAAAGUUAGGGUGUCCUGGUCAUGGACUGCUUAGUUGGACUGAAGGAAGCGUCAACUGCAGCCACUACAACUUAUACCAUAACUAAUGUUAACAGCAUGGAAAGACCAUACGAAUAUUCCAAGAUGGGAGAACUUGAAAUAGGUCUGAAGCAGAAGCUGAAGGAGAAGACUAAGCUGGGGGUGAUGCUGGUUGGGUUUAUUUGCAGCUGUGGCCUCUACGAGUUUGGUGGAGUAUUCUGGAUGACUUACUUUAACCCUUAUCUUCAGACUGCAGUAGGACUAUCAAGUGGUGAUAUUGGUACGAUAGUGCUGGUUGCCCAGAUAACUGAUGCUAUAGCUAACCCUUCAGUUGGUAUUCUUAUUGAGCAUCUCAAGAUUCCAUUAUUUGGUUUCAAUUUCAGAAAGAAACGAGGAUGUCAUCUUAUCGGAUCGAUCCUAAUGACAACACUAUUUCCACUGUUGUGGAUGAACUGUUCAUUCUGUAAUACAGAAUUAUCCCGGGUUGUUUACUACGGCAUAGUUGCAGCAGUAUUGAACAGUAUCACUCCUUUCAUGUUCCUUCCUCAUUUAUCAAUGAUUGCUCUCCUGGCGAAGAACGAAAAGCAAAGACUUAUCUUCGGAGGCAUCAGCUCAUUUGGCAAGCAGUUCUGGGGUAUCUUGGCUUACUCGACAAUGUGGCUCCUUAUCGGUACUGAUAAGAACGAUGAGAACCUGGGACAGCUUCUUGGAGAGAAACUAAAGAUAGCUUCCUACGUCGUGAGUGGAAUUGGAGUAAUAUGCACUAUAGUCUUUCACGCUUCUGUCUGGAACUUAGACGAGAACAAAACAGAUGCAAUCACUGACACCGACGGUGGGGUUCCCUCUAAAUCUUCUAUGAUCAGCGAUUUAAAGACAGUUGCCAAGAACCCUAACUUCUAUAUUUUAGGAUUACUCUAUUUCGUCUGCAGAUCAGAACUAAGUCUCUACAACGUUUACCAAGUGUUUUUCUUCGAGCAGACUCUAGGACUACCCAAGGAAGCUGUCGCCUAUUUACCUUUCAUAUACCUCUCAUUUGCUGGCAUUGGCAGUAUCGCAGUGAAGCCUAUUGUCAAGAAGCUCAAGCCGAUGCCAACAUUUGGACUUGCGAUUCUGGCGGUAAUAAUUGCAGGGAUAGCAAUUAUGCUGCAACCGAAACAGUACGGUAACGUUGUAAUCCUACCGGUGAUAUUUGUGAGCGUUGGAUCAGCGAUUAUGUACACUCUUUCACUGUCACUGACUUCAAGCCUUAUCGUCCGAUUGAGGGUAAGCGAUGUGGCGGUUUGGGGUGCCUUCAACUUGAUAGAUAGAAUACUGUUUGGAGUUCUGUUCGUUGUCGUCCAAGAGUUCAGACCUUGUCCCACUUCAAAAUCAUGCUGCGAAGCCUGCUCAGAUUUCUACCGUUAUGUGUUUGGAGGAGGUCUGGUUCUGUUCGCACUUCUGGCAGCAGCUCUCAUCCUCUCCACCAGAUUCACAGGAGACGUAUUUGCUACAAGCAGAGGAGAGGAUUAUCAGACCAAGGACAGUGAUAAGAAUCAGCUGAAACUGGAAGAGGUUGUAGAAAACCCUAUAGUGGAUAAAAGCUGAUACAGUUCCAUUUAUUUUCACCAGAGAGGGUUUUUACUCGGCCCUGCAGCAGUAGUAAAAGCGCACCAGCCCACUUUCUGACUUUGAGUUUGAUAGUUUGCUGUAUAAACAGUAUAACUUACAGAUCAUGUUAAUCAAUCUAGGAGCAUUAUAUUAGGUCUACAAAACGGUACUUGAUUGUUUGUGACGAGUUCAAAGACGGACAGUCAGGGAAUAUUCAGUGAGAUGCUCUUACUGAAGAAUUUGAGUCUCUUCAUCACUUCUUGUCUCAAUAUGACCUCAAAAUAUCAGUUGCUACCGCUCGCAAUUGGGUUGCGAGAAUAACAAAGAAGGUAAUAUAGCUCUAUUCUAUAGUGCGCGUCAAAACUACCAUAAGGAUUAUAUAAAAAGGCUCUGAAAAGAUUGUAUUGCAGAUUGCUCCUUGAUUAAUCAGCCGUUAAGAUAAUAUGAAGAACAACAUACAAGUCAAUUACAGCUUGCAUUUAAUAAUUAAUUGAUGAAAUUGUCUGAGUAUUGAGAGUCGAACUCUCAUUGACUUUGAACUUGAGUCAGAGCAAUCGAGCAUUUGUCCAUAAUUAAAUUAUUAACAAAUAAGACAAUUCAGAUGAUUGGUGACUGAAUUCAAAGGAUUGUCAAUGCGUAUUCUGUACAUAACUAAUUUAUUAUUUUCAC